AUGAACGAGUCUAAAGAUGAUGCUGCAAAACUGUUAGCGUCUUUGAAAAUUGAUGGUAAGAAAGCGGAAGAGAACGGCGCAACCGUCGUGCAGACUCAAGAGGCCCCAAAGGAAGAACCAAAAAGCGAAUCUAAGACUGAGGCGAAAAAGGAAGAACAACCCGCAGGGAACACGACCGACUCUAAUCUUAUCAGUUCUGCAUAUGAAGUCAAGGUGAAUCUCGCAGAUUUGCAAGCAGAUCCAAACUCUCCUCUUUACAGUGCUAAAUCUUUUGAAGAGCUGGGACUUUCACCAGAACUACUGAAGGGUCUGUAUGCGAUGAAAUUUCAAAAGCCUUCUAAAAUUCAAGAAAGGGCAUUGCCACUUUUGCUCAGCACUCCUCCAAAGAAUAUGAUUGCUCAAUCGCAAUCGGGUACAGGGAAGACAGCCGCUUUUUCAUUAACCAUGUUAACGAGAGUUGAUUUGACGUUGGGCGAUGUAACACAGGCUAUUUGCUUAGCACCAGCGAGAGAAUUGGCCAGACAAACUUUGGAAGUCAUACAGGAAAUGGGCAAAUUCACCAAGAUUACUACUCAGCUGAUCGUUCCAGAUUCUUUCGCCAAGAACCAGCCCAUCAAGGCAAACAUCGUCGUCGGUACGCCAGGCACAGUUUUAGAUCUCAUGCGCCGAAAAUUAAUUCAAUUGAACCAGGUAAAAAUCUUCGUUCUAGACGAGGCCGAUAAUAUGUUGGAUAAACAAGGUUUAGGUGACCAAUGUAUCCGCGUGAAGAAAUUUCUGCCAAAGCAAACACAGUUAGUACUAUUCAGCGCUACCUUUGAUGAGAAAGUUAGGGAAUACGCAAAAAAAAUUGUGCCAAAUGCAAACACUUUAGAAUUACAGAACAACGAAGUGAACGUCGAUGCAAUCAAGCAAUUAUACAUGGACUGCAAAGACGAAAGCCACAAAUAUGAGGUACUAUGUGAACUGUACGGAUUGUUAACCAUCGGCUCAUCAAUCAUAUUUGUGUCGACAAAAAACACAGCUAACAUGCUCUACGCCAAAUUGAAACAAGAGGGCCAUCAAGUAUCCAUUUUGCACGGUGAUCUGCAGACACAGGAAAGAGAUAGACUGAUCGACGACUUUAGAAACGGGAAAUCAAAAGUCUUGAUAACCACAAACGUGCUCGCAAGAGGUAUAGAUAUUCCAAGCGUUUCCAUGGUUGUCAACUACGACCUCCCAACCACACACAAUGGUCAACCAGAUCCGGCAACGUACAUCCACAGGAUCGGAAGGACAGGAAGAUUCGGCAGAAAAGGUGUUGCCAUAUCCUUUGUCCAUGACAAGAAAUCUUACAAUGUGCUUUCAGCCAUCCAACAAUAUUACGGAGAUAUUGAAAUGACUCGCGUGCCAACUGACGACUGGGAUGAGGUGGAAAAAAUUGUCAAGAAAACACUAAAAGAAUAA